CAGUCAAUUAACCACAUUAAGAUAAGAUAUCGUAUCACCGCAUCCUGAAAUCCCUGACAGCCUCAGGGCCGCUGAUGCGGUGCUUCUUGGUGCCCAAUCAGCAUAUAGUACGGACAAGAGUUGCUGAUCCGGGAUGCAAAGCUUCAAGGUGUAUGCAACCGCAACAUAUAUAUAUGUGCCCUCUUCACAAUACUUUAAGCUUCACGUGCAAGCUUCACUGUACUUUGUUGUCGUCUCCCUCAUGUUCUCUACAGCUCGUCCUCCUUGGCAUUACCAGUGCCAGGUUACCUAUAAUCCUACCAUCUUGCCUCCAGCUUUGCGCAAUGCUCGUUAUGAAGGGUGGCCCCACCCUCCAAUACAGCUGCCCCAUGUUGCUUCACCUUCAUCAACUGCACGACACAUUACUGUGGCAAACGAUACCCCCUCGCAUCGUCCACAGGCUAAUGCCGCCCAUACCCGUACGUGUUCAAAGAAUAUCUUCCUAGAUGACUACUCCGUGCCACGAACAAUGUCAUCAAACGUUUACAAAACCCAAAAUGGCUACCCCCACCCAUUUCUCGCCACGCCAUCCGCGCCAGUAGUGUACGACCUGCGCUUCCCGCCUACAUCUCUCGCUUUUCCAUCGAUGUCUCCGUAUGCAGGCUGCGGAUACGGCUCAGUCAGCCCAAACUUUCCUUGGACAUUUGACGUCGGUUCUGAUCCUGGCAGUGCCGGAGAAGAGGGUGUGACGUGUCUUAACGUUCUCAUUACGUUGCACGCUGAAUUGCAGUGUCCACUCACGGAUACAGAGUGGGGCACUGCUGGACAUGAUAGACGUGCGAGUCUUAUCAGAGCACGUGAUCGUCGCUCAAUGAUACAACCUGCAUUGCAGGGGAGCUCGAAUUCUGCAGCACGCACCAGGCCAACGGUGAGAUCUGUACCCGGCGCAUCAGCGCUAAAUAAUAGGCCCGCGCAGCGAGAGAGGAUACUGCUCCGCGUCGAUUGGCUUGGAUCUCGUGUUGUGUUCGUGGGGCUCAUCAAAGAUGAAGCAUUUGCAAGGAGCAGACUCAUUCCGGGUGGUGGGGAGCCACCUGAGACUUGGGUGGUGAAGUUCAAGAGGUUAUGAUUUUGAUCAUGAAUAUCCGGAGAAAAUGUACAAAUAGCUUACUGACGAACUUUUGUAUUGAUAUCUGUAUAAAGUUUUGUCCAAUAUUAACUCGCACCGUCGCGUCA